AUGGUGGACGAGAUCAUGUGUCGAGCCUUCCCAACUACGUUAAAAGGCCCUACAAGGGUAUGGUUCAGCAGACUGACACCCAACUCCAUCAAUACCUUCAAGGAGCUAAGUGCACAGUUUGCUUUGCACUUCAUAGGGGGGCACAGGUAUAAAAAGUCCACUGCAUGCCUGAUGAACAUCAAGCAGCAGAAAGAGGAGAUGUUAAGAUCUUACAUAACACACUUUAACAAGCAAACGCUUUCAAUUGAUGAAGUCAACGACAAGAUACUCGUGGCUGCAUUCACCAAUGGGCUACAGAAAGGUAAGUUUCUAUUUUCUUUAUACAAAAAUGACCUAAAGACUAUAUCGGAUGUACUCUACAGGGCUACUAAGUACAUGAAUGUGGAAGACGCAUUGCUAGCUCGCGAAGAGAAGCCUAAGAAGAGAGAAAGACAGGAGGAAUCACGACAGGACAAGGGGCGAAAGAUAGCAAGGACAGGAGAUAGAAGGGAAGAUAGAUGCUCUAAGCCUCCCACAUGA